AUCCAACCUUCACUUGAGGGAGAAAUGAGGAUAGCCAAGAAAGUGUGCCUGGGUUCUUACUUCCUUGAAAAGUUUGGGCUUUGGUCCUAUAAGGGCAGGUCCGAGGUGCCGCACCUCGGACGUCAAUCCGGAGUGCAGAUACUAAGUGAAGAAGGACAUCUGGUUUGGUGCAGUUACAUUUUGGCGCCGUCUGUGGGAAUCCGAACUAAAGGCUUCUUUGUUGCUCUUAUCAUGGUUAAAACUAGGUCAACCCGAGGUGGAAACUCGUCUCAACCUCUUGGACGAGGUCAGGUCCCCAGCAACCUUCCACCUCACCCCCCACCCCCAAUCACGAAUACAUUCCCUCAUGUUGAUCAUACCGAAGGAGGGGAUGAAAACCAGCCACACAAUUCGGCUAGCAACUCAGCCUCUACUGCUAACCAAGACGUAGUUGCAACUCAGCUUGCCGCCAUGCAACAGCAGUUUGGUGUUUUUCAGUUAGUGCUGGCUCAGUUAUUAGUCCGGAACAAUCCUGGCGAUCCACUCAUCAACCUACUUAAUCCUGUUCCACAGCCCCCAGUCCCACCACGAAACCCCGAACCAGUUCAGCAUGCUCCUGCUGUUAGUGAAUCUCAAGGACAGUCUCACAUCGCACCAGUUAUGCAACCCCCUCGUGAUGAUGUCACUCGACAUUUAGAUAGCUUAGAAAAGCUAGUGGUCGAACAGCGAGGUGUCCCACCUCCACACCCUGCUGCUGACUCCGUACCUCACCCUCUCAACACCAAUAUUAUACUGGAACCCUAUCCCGCUGGCUUCCGAAUACCACAGCUUGAAACUUAUGAUGGGACUAAGGACCCCGAUGAUCAUCUACAUGCUUUCUACUCUUGCAUGCAGGCCCAGAACGCCUCUGAUGCGUUGAUGUGCAAAAUCUUUCCCUCUACUCUCCGAGGUAAUGCUCGAACCUGGUACUACAGUCUGCCUCCGAGGUCAAUCAACUCGUACACAGAACUGGCAUCUGCUUUUGCCACAAAGUUUUCCAGUAGAAGGUUGAUCAGGAAAACCACUUCCGAGCUGAUGCGAGUUAAGCAGAGGGACGGAGAAUCUUUGAAGAAUUUUAUGAGCAGAUUCAAUGAUGCAGUGUUAAAGGUUAACUCUUUCGACCAAUCAGUGGGAAUUACAGCUGUGAUCUCGAGUCUCGGCCAUGAAAGAUUCAGAGAUAGUCUGCUUAAACAUCCUGCCACCACCUUCAGUGAGGUAAAUGAUAGAUCAUUGAAAUUCAUAACUGCUGAGGAAUAUGCCCUGUCGCAGAACAUCACCCCUGUUAAGAAUCAACACCCGAACUGGAGAGAUGAGAAUCCGAACAAGAAACGGAUGAAGACACCACAGAACCGAGGCCCAAUGUCGACUUCCACCCUGAGAUUCGGAAGGCCGAACUCCGCACCUCCACAACAACCUGCAGGUAAACCUCCAGUUAAUUGGACUCCUUUUAAUUUACCGAGGUCACAAAUCUUUAUGCAGAUUAAGAAUAAGAUGGACUUAAGACGUCCGAGUCCAAUGAGAACUGCUGCUGCUACCAGAGACCAUACUAGGUACUGUGAUUUUCAUCAAGAUCACGGUCAUACAACAGAGCAAUGUAAUAGUCUGAGAUCCGAACUGGAAAGUCUGGCACAGAAAGGAAUGUUGAAUAAGUACAUCCAAAGAGUGGAACAACCAAGGUUUGUCAGAGAACAAGGGCCACAGCAUCAAGCAAUCUGCAAUCCCCCAAACAGACAAGGUGUGGGAUAUCAGCAAGCCCCACCUCCACCCCCACUCCCACCACCAGCUAGAGUCAUACACAUGAUUACGGGAGGUCUGGAAGCCGGUGGACUGAGCUCUAAGCAGCGAAAGUUGUAUGUAAGAGAGGUUAAGCAUCAGAACCGAGCUCAGAAGCGAAAAUUUGACGAUGCUGAGUGGAAGAAUCAACCCAUCACUUUCACAUUUGCUGAUCUCGAAACAAUUGUCACACCUCACAAUGAUCCUCUAGUCACUUCUGUCACGAUCAACAAUUGUGAAGUGCAGCGUGUCCUUGUUGACACAGGGAGUGCACCAGACAUCAUGUACUUCCAUUGUUUUGAGAGUCUUGGGUUAGAUCCUGCUCUAUUGCAGCGUGGCCGAAGUUAUGUGACCCCUUCAGUCAGGUUCCUGGUAGUCAAGAUGGCGUCUUCAUUCAAUGUCGUCAUUGGUCGACCCACGCUGACUGAAAUCCGAGCUGUGGUUUCCCAAUCUCAUCUAUGCAUGAAAUUCCCAACUCCUACGGGAAUAGCAACGCUGCGAGGCAACCAGGAGAUGGACCGGCAUUGCUAUAUCACCUCAGUAACACAACCUCAGAAGGGCAAGACUCAGACACCCGAGGUUGAUCCCAAACGAAUCCCUGAUGAUCGGCAAGUUAUGGGUGUUGAGAUAGUAGAUAACCGACCAGAAGAUGAAACCAGAGCUGCUCUAGUCAAAGAUGCUGUCACGCCCCAGAAUCCAAAUCCAGAGACGCGACAGACGCCGUGCACUCGUGAGACGAGUCCCACGAAUGCACAAGGCUCAAAACUUAUCCAAUUCAUAAUCUGAUACCACCAAAUCUCAAGAUAAAAUUUUUACAAUUUGCUCUGAUAUCAUAAAAUCUCUAAAUACAC